AUGACCCUCAGGCGGCCUCGGUUGAUUAGUUCGCUCAACGCAAAAGCGGUCGCAUUCGCCUGCCUUCUGUUUACUCGCACCUCGCGCCAGCGCGCCGACUCUCUGUCGGCGAUGAUUGCACUCCAAUAUGCUCGUUCCCACCCUCAGCCGGCCAUACGCAACCAGCCCAGAUCAGAUUCGUUAACUCCUUUAAAUUCACACCUCAUCCCACAGACUAGGGUUCCGCGCACUGUCGUCCACUUAGUCUCGCUGAUAAUCAUUCAUUGUACGUGUGCUCUUCAUUCUGUUGAGGAAGAUGCCUCACCACAAUCCGAAUGGGCAUUGCUUCGGCUCUGGCGGCCCCGUCCGUCCACUUCUCCCUCCAAACAAAAUGCAACUUGCAAAGCCCAGCGCCUCGUCAUAAAUAGCAAAGCUUCACUUGCUAGCACCGACACACACGCUCGACCGCGCCCACACUCACACCAUUCGCCCAUGUUGUUGCCUCAGUCUCGUACCCACUCACUUAUUCUCUCAGUCAGAACUCCGGUCGUGCACACGCGCAUUUCAUCGGGAACUGGCGAAUUCACGGUUAUGAUGACCUUCAAAGUGUACAUGACCAACGCUCCUCAUUCUGUGAUUGCCUGA